CCGGAGGGGGGCCGAGCCGCAGGUAACGAGCAGUGGUUCAGGUAUUUCCAGUCGAGGAUGAGCGGGACUUAGGUCCACCGAAGACCUCUGCGUCCCUUCUGACCCUGUAAAUAGUUCGUAUAGAUAGACGGUUCGAGGAACGAUGCCGUACUACAGCAGCGGCCACGGAUCAUCCCCCUAUAACAAAGAUGGCGGCUCGAGCGGACCACCCAGCACUUCCGACGGCAGAGGCGGGGGAUCGGAACCGACCUACAUGAUGGAGCAUUUGGCGACGUUCACGGUCACGAAGGAGACGGGAAUCGUUUAUCCCGCCGAUGGCAUGAGACGUCUGUUGCAGCUCGAAAAGAGCAACGGCAUUUGGAGCCAGAAGAUGCAACUGCGCCUGGAGCGCAAUUGGGUCCUCAUCAUGGACAACGAGACCGGGGCCGUCAUGGAGAGAUUCCCGGCUUCGUUGAUCCAAGAGCCGACCGCCUUCACGUCCCGCGAUCCCAUGGAGAUGUACAACAACAUUCUGGUGUUCACCGUGGCCGACGACAGCUCUUCCGGCCAGCGAGCGGAGAUGCACAUCUUCCAGUGCCAAAGCGUGUCGGCCCAAGACCUCGUCGAGGAUCUGAAGAUGUUGCAGAUGGGCAAACUGGUGCCCGGGGGUUCACCCAGAGGUCCCAGGGGCCAGAUUCCUCCCCCACCGGCGUUACCCCCGCCGGAACCUCCCCUAAACGGGGUCAACGUUCGGGAACAAGUUUCAGCUUUCAACGCCGCGAACAACAACGGACAAGGCGAGGAGAACAACGAUGAGGUGUCCUCCACGUCUUCGGAGAAAUACGAGCGAGACGUGACGAUCCUCAACCACUGUUUCGACGAUAUCGAGAAGUUCAUCGCCCGCCUGCAGCAUGCAGCGGCCGCGUCCAGGGAGCUGGAACGCAGGCGGCGAAACCGCAAGUCGAAGAAGAGGAACCUCGGCGACGGGAUGCUGACGAUGCGAGCCAAGCCGCCCCCGGAGAUGGAGUUUAUCGACAUCUUCCAGAAAUUCAAGCUGUCCUUCAAUCUCCUGGCGAAGCUCAAGGCCCACAUACACGACCCGAACGCGCCCGAGUUGGUGCACUUCCUGUUCACCCCACUGGCCUUGAUCGUGGACGCCUCCCACGACACCAACUACGACCCCAACCUGCCGAGCAAGGUGGUCUCGCCCCUGUUGACCAGGGAGGCCGUGAACCUCCUCAUGAAUUGCGUCACCAGCAAGGAGACGGAGCUCUGGCACUCCCUGGGCGACACGUGGCUGAUCCCCAGGGACCAGUGGAAGGGCCACGUUCCCCCUUACCAUCCCAUCUUCAUGGACGGAUGGUCUCCGGAGUACCCGGUCCCCGAAGACCGAGACCACGAUCACCUGGCUUCCCUCCUGAACGCCGACAAGCAGAAAAGGGAUGACCUUCCCGAGCAACCGAGCGAUUCCUACUACAACCACAGGGAGGUGGAGGAGUCUCACUACAGUAGCGACUACUUGGAGUACGAGACCAGGGAGGAACGCAGCAACGAGUACUUCGACAGGAACUACGGCCCUGCCGAGAUCUACGGGAGGGAGGACAGGGAAAGGGUCGAGCAGAGCAGGGCCCACAGCGACAUUUCCGUGGACUCCAUAGAGAGAGGCCCCAGGGGUGGUCCUGGCAUAGAGAGGGCCAUGGAGGCCUGGCUGGACGAGCUCGUCGCCCGACACGCCAAGAUCGUCCAGGUCACCUAUCCCAGAACCGCCAACAACGACAAGGAGUUGACCGUGGUCAGGGGAGAGUACCUCGAGAUCCUCGACGACAGCAGGAAGUGGUGGAAGGCCAGGAACUCCAGGGGACAGGUCGCCCAUGUUCCUCACACCAUUGUCACGCCGCACAACCCGGCUCAUGCCGGGGACAAUGACGUCUUCAACAAUCCGCUGUACACCAGCAGGUACCAGCGACAGGGGCACGGCUAUAAUUACGAGGACUCGGAGAUCGAAGGCACCAGUACUAGUCCCGGACCGGAGGCCGCGCACCGUCCGUACACGAUCCCACCUCCGGCACCGGCUGAUCUGGUGCGCAAGGAACGUCUCGGCAAAAAAGCAUCCUGCCCUAAGGGUCCCGCAAUUCGUAAGAACUCGAGCAACGUUUUCUUGUCGCUUCUGGUUAGAUGCGCCGCUAAUUCGAGAUCGGCUGCUAGCAAGUCCAAAACUAAACGUCGUCGGCACGAAUUUCGUGACCCCGGUGACUCCAGUAUUUCCAGUGACAGCAGUAGCGACAAUUUUACCUACUCGUUGUCGGAAACUCUCAACUCGAAAGUCAAACAAGAGCCAGGAAAAGUUACCGAUGCCAAUCUUACGUCCUGCAACUCGAGCUCUACGUCGAACUCGACUUCGGAAAAUUUCCCACCGCCCCCACCACCGCCUCCACCUCCACCACCAGGAGAAAGAUUAUCGGAUGCUAACAGAUCGGGAACAACCAAAAGCAAUAAGUCGUCGAGUGAAGGAAUGACCAGCCAGGAUAAAGUGCAAGAAGAGCUCAAGUACGUUCUGACGAUAUUCCGGGAAAAGAAGAGGAAUCUAGACAUCGUUAAGACGCCGGACGUGUUCAUCGAUCAGUAUUCCUCCGCUCGGGAAGUCCAAGAUUGGCUGCGGGCCAAAGGAUUUUCGGAAAAAAUCUGUAAACAGUUGAAGGAGAUGACAGGUGGGGAGCUAUUUAGUUUGACGAAAAGACAACUGGAGCACUAUUGCGGUGAAACGGAAGGAAGGAGAUUGGACGGCCAGAUCACUUUGUCACGAAAUGCUUCCGGCUACAAGACGUCGAGAUCAUCCGAAUUGAAACAGAUAUUAGAAAAGGCGCGACGGAAGGUCGAGGUUCCGAGCGAUGAAAAUGACAAUCAGCAGUGACUCAAAACCGAUAAUACUUCUCUUCUCCCCUAGGAAAAGCGAUACUCUAUAAGACCUCUACAACGCAACGGAGAGUUUGUACAAUUUUAGGUACCCGAUAAACGAGAAAGUCGGUCCCUAAUUGUUAACGAAAUAGUGCACUCCCUAGAGAAGAUCGCGUGUCGCGAAAAUCUUCAGACCUUGAUCGACAACUUUGUUCAGACUCCUUAGCUCGUAAAUUGUCAAUAUCUACGGAAUGUUUUAUCUAGUUUCAUCGUCGAUAAGAAUGCUUUAUUAACGAAAGCAUUGAUUGUUACCAAAAGAGAUGCACAGAGAUAUUGUAAAUGUUCACGUGAUAUUUUCAAGCAUAGGAAAGUUGAUUUCAUUAAAAAAUUGUUUCAUAA